AUGGCGGCAAGCGCGCGCGCCCAGACUCACGCGCGGAACACGUGCAAGCCCAACAAACUACGGGAACGUACCGCGACGCGGCGGCAGCCGGGAGUCGGCGCCAGGAAAGGCAAAAAGCAGCAGGGAAAGGAACGUCCACGUCCACUUCCGCCGCCCUCUUCACCUGGGCCUAGUUUGCGGACCGGACAUCCUGUGAAGCCCCCGACCAGCGCUUCCACUCGCCGGCACCUAAGCCGGUCCUUCCAGGAGUGGAAGCUGCAGCCUUUGGAGCUGUCGCCGGUGCGCUUCACCCGUCCGGGCAGGGACUUCCUGACGACGUGGGACGUAAGGGUACGGCGCUACACCUCGCCGACCUACGGCUGGAACUAUCCUCCACGCCUAUCGCCGUUGCCACCAUCACCAGCGGCCAACGAGCACCGCCACCAGGAGACGCAGACUGCCCCCUCCUGCAGAAUACAUAGGGGAACGCAGUCACUCUCCUCCACAUCUGAGAAGGCGACGCAGGUGACCAACAUCACCACCUGCGAACGGACCACGCAGUCCGACCUCUCUGACUGGGAAGAAGCUCCCCGCUCAAAUCAGCCAGACGAACCGCCGCUGCCGGAGAGGAGUUACACCUCUCCCGGGACUCCUCCGGCGCUCCGUACGAGGUUCGGUCCGCCCCGGUACACCUCUACGGAUCCGCCGCUCCAGUGGCGUGAACGCCUCUUGUAG